ACCUUUCGAAAGAACUUGGAAUAUUUGUUUACACUAAGCCGCCUAAGAAACGUAAUAAUUCAUAAAAAAACGCUUAUCUCUCCCAGAAAAAGCGAAACACCUUAAAGCAAUGCCUGCUUAUCGCUUGUCGAAAAAAAGGUCAAUGUAGAGAAGGGCCAAAGAUGGUUGUACUGAUUUUGUUUAAAUACUUGUAAUUGCUUAAAACCAAUUUAGUUGCGUUUAGUGCUUCAUCUGGUCCACAAGUAUAAUUAUAAUGGAAUCUCAAACAAAAUUUUUGCAAAUUUUCAUACACCUUGCCUUGCUGGUGAGCUGCAUAACAUGUUUCAGUGAGGAAUCGAUAUUUGAAGAUGAAGACAUUUAUCGCCUGGCCUUGCCACCGGCCAAUGCCUCAACGGGAACCACAGUGCCCGGUACCAAAUGGUGUGGUCCCGGCAAUACAGCUGCAAAUUACAAUGAUUUGGGUAGACAUCGUGACACAGACACAUGUUGCCGCGACCAUGACCACUGUGAUGAUAUAAUUGAGGCCACUACAUCUUUGUAUGGAAUUAGCAAUACAGGAAUGUUUCCCAUCUUAAAAUGUAGCUGUGAGCAAAAGUUUUUGAAUUGCCUUCAAGCUGUCAAUAGUGCGAUAUCCAAUACUUUGGGUCACAUUUACUUUGGAGCAACCAAACAAUGUCUGGGUCAAGGCCAUCCCAUUGUCAGUUGCAAACAAUACAUGGAGGGAACAUUUCGCAAACGUUGCAUACGCUACAAAAUCGAUGUGAAUAGGCCUCUGAUCUGGCAGUUGUAUGAUAUACCAUUUUAUACAACAAAUAGCAAUAAGCCCAAAUAAUCCACGAUUCAGCUUUCUAAUUAUUGGUUUGGAAUAAACAAAUGUUGGGAAAAUUCUCUUUUAAA